UAGUUUUCUUUCUUUCUCCCUCUGCCUUUCCAUUUUUAUACGGAGCCAAGCUUUUGGUCGUCUCUCUUUUUCCUCUCUCCUGUCAUCGCUUUGUUUUCCUUCUAAUCUCUCUCUGACUUUUUAUUUACUAUUUAGAUCCAUCGUGUCCGUUUUAGGGUUUUAAUAUCACCACUCUCUUCAAUCGUCUCCUCCGAUCCGAUUCUCCUUUUUCACUACCCUGUCGUUACAGAAAUCGUUCAAUACCGUUUGGUGAUAAGUUCGUCCUUGUUUUGAAUUUCCAAUCCACUAGCCACUUGCAUUUCGUUUCGUUGACUUGGAAUCUCGCUGUUCAGAGGAUUAAACCGGAGUAUAAGAAAUUAAUUUGUAGGAUUUAGGUGCCCCAUUUUCUUCUUUUUUUUUUUUUUUAAUUUGGGGGAUUGGGUGUAGAAAUGUUGGGGGCUGGAUUGCAGUUGACUACGCGAGGUCGCGGGGAGGAUCGGUUUUACCAACCGGCGAAGGCUCGCAGGGUACACCAGAAUCAACAUAAUGAUCAACUGCGCAGAGCUCAGAGCGAUGUCACUGCGAGUCAAUUGCCUUUGGUCAAGGAAAAAGCGGAAAAACUGUUAGAUAGGGAACCUGAGUACCAUACUGCUGUUGAGGAUUCUCCCAAACCACUUUCCGUGCCGGCCUCUGAUCCUGUGGUUUCUCCGUUGAGUAAUUUGGAGCGGUUUUUGGAGUCUAUUACGCCACUUGUGCCGGCUCAGUACUUAUCUAAGACAACAAUGCGGGGCCGGAGGAAUUGUGAUUCGGAACUUCAGCCUUACUUUGUACUCGGGGAUUUGUGGGAGUCUUUUAAGGAAUGGAGUGCUUAUGGUGCAGGAGUGCCUGUAAUUUUGAAUGACAGCGAUUCUGUUGUUCAGUACUAUGUACCGUUUCUGUCUGGUAUUCAAAUAUAUGGAGAGUCUAUAAAGCCAUGUGCGAAAUCGAGGAGACUGGGUGAUGACAGUGAUAGUGAUUUCAGGGAUUCAAGUAGUGAUGGUAGCAGUGAUUGUGAACCUGAAAGAGGACUGAAGGGCUCUAGGGAACAAUGGAAUCAUCACCAUUUGACAAAUGAUGUUCCUCUUAGAAUGGAUAUAUUGUCUUUGAGAGAUCAACAUAUUGCCCGCCAAGAGGACUUUUCUAGUGAUGAAGGUGAAUCUAUGAAUUCCCAAGGUUGCUUGCUAUUUGAGUAUCUUGAAAAAGAUCCUCCUUACAGCCGGGAACCGUUAGCUGAUAAGAUAUCAGAUCUUGCCUUGCGUUUCCCUGGGUUGAAGACAUUAAGAAGUUGUGAUUUACUGUCAUCAAGCUGGAUUUCUGUGGCCUGGUAUCCAAUUUACAGGAUACCAACCGGACCAACAUUGAAAGACCUGGAUGCUUGCUUUCUGACAUACCAUUCUCUUCAUACACCAUUGGGAGUUUCACAAACUGCUCAGGCCCCAGUGGUGGCAUAUCCCAGUGAGAUGGAUGGUGUGCCUAAGAUGCGCUUGCCUGUUUUUGGUCUUGCAUCAUUCAAGUUCAAGGGGUCCUUGUGGACUCCUAAUGGGGGAAAUGAACGCCAAUUGGCAAAUUCUCUGUUGCAGGUUGCUGACAAUUGGUUGAGACUGCUUCAGGUCAAUCAUCCAGAUUUUGUGUUUUUCUGCCGCAGGGGAUAGAAAGAUAUGAUGGUUACCUCACUCCAACCAUUCUUUGAAGCUGUUAGUCUGAUGCUCUUCGUACAUUCUCGACUCAGGUGAGUUAAAAUCCCUUAAUUUAUGGAGAUCAAGAUGAGAAGUCGAGUCGGCUGUAAUAUUCUUGGUUUAUAUCCCUUAUAAUAAUUUAUCUUGGAGAAAUGAAGGAAAGAAAAAAAAAAGAAAAAAGAAAAAAGGACAAUUGUGAGAAGGCUGCUUAGGAAUGGAAGGAGCGGCAGUGCAAUAAGGCUCAAGCAGAAAUGAAUACUUUGGAGCUUAGUGUUUGGAUAAGCUAUUGAAGGUUGAAACUGAACCAAGGUGAAAAAGUGACUCGGCCCACUGUCAGUGAAAGCAAGUUUUAUCUUGGUUGUUCUUCAAAAUAUUUAUAUGAUGAUGGGUAUGUCAUGAUAAACCAGGCAUUUUUUUCUGUCCUGCUGAUCCGUAUUUGGCGCGUAAUAUUGUAUUUUUAACAUCUACAAGGAGAUUUUGAUAGGAAGGUUGUAUUGUCAAGUUUGAGCCUGCCCCAGAUGUGUAUUUUAAAAUCAACUGUUAUGUUAUCUGACGAGUAAUGUGUUAAAAAUGGUUUAAUUAUUAAAAGAAAUGAUUUGAUUAGGCCUUUUACGUAAAA